GGAGAUGAAGGCGGCGAUUCUGGGAGCUCAGGAAACUGCUUCGGAUUUUAUCUCUUUCCUCAAUGCCGCGCCUACGCCGUUCCACGCAGUCGCCGAAGCUAAGCGAAGACUAGAAGCCGCUGGGUUCACGCAAUUGUCCGAGAGGGAUUCCUGGGCGCUCUUGCCCGGCGGCACUUACUAUUUCACGAGGAAUUUCUCCACUAUCGUCGCAUUUGCUAUUGGCAAGAGGUUUUACCCUGGUUGUGGAUUUGCUAUCGUGGGAGCUCACACAGAUAGUCCGUGUCCAAAGCUCAAGCCACGCUCAAAGAUUGUCAAAGGAGGAUUUCUGGAACUGGGAGUCCAGACGUAUGGCAGUGGUUUAUGGCAUACCUGGUUCGAUCGGGACCUUACAGUCGCAGGGAGAGUUAUGGUCAGGCGUGGAAAUGGCUUCUCUCACGAGCUCGUUCACGUCAAGGAGCCAAUCCUUCGCAUACCAACGCUAGCUAUCCAUCUUGACAAGACUGUUUCUGAGGGGUUUAAGAUCAAUACCCAAACACAGCUCGUUCCAGUUUUAGCUUCCUGUAUAAAGGAUGAAUUGAGUAAGUCGCUCCCUGAUGAAAAUGGAGCCUUGGUGGCGGAGGACGCAAACAGCAAAGCCGAGGCACACCAUCAUUCUCUCCUUCUAAAGAUUCUUUCUUCGGAGCUAGGCUGCGAAAGCGAUGAUAUUUGUGACUUUGAGCUGCAAGUCUGUGACACCCAGCCCAGCUCCAUUGGUGGCGCUCUCAAGGAGUUUGUUUUCUCUGGCAGGCUCGAUAAUCUUUGCAUGUCCUUUUGCUCGUUGAAGGCCCUUAUCGACUCGACCUCUGAAGCUUCCCUGGAGAACGAGACCAUCGUGCGAAUGGUUGCUCUGUUCGACCACGAGGAAGUCGGAUCCAACUCCGCACAAGGCGCCGGCUCUCCGGUGAUGCUGGAUGCGCUCAAGCGGAUCACAAUCUCCAUGGGAGAGGAAAGCUCCCAGAACGUAGAGAAAGCAAUCCAGCAAAGUCUGCUAGUGUCCGCUGAUAUGGCACACUGCUUACAUCCAAACUAUAUGGAUAAACACGAGGAGAAUCACCAGCCAAAGAUGCACAAAGGCCUCGUCGUGAAAUAUAAUGCGAACCAGCGAUACGCCACAAACGCAGUCACGUCAUUUAUUUUCAAGGAGAUUGCGAGACGACAGGACCUUCCAACACAGGUGAUAAGAAUUUUUUUCCAGGGGAAAACCGUGAGAAAAGCUAACAUUUUUCUUCUUCUCUGGCAGGAUUUCGUCGUCCGAAACGAUAUGGCUUGCGGAUCAACGAUCGGGCCAAUCUUAGCUAGCGGUGUUGGCAUCCGAACGGUCGACGUUGGCGCUCCCCAGCUCUCGAUGCACAGCAUCCGCGAGAUGUGUGGAGUUGACGACGUUGGUUACUCGUACCGCCACUUCAAGCUCUUCUUCGAGGACUUCUCAGCACUGGACCAGCACGUAAACGUCGAUUAGUAGUCUCCACACUCGACUUGAUGGUCCUGUUGAUGAUAGCUCCCAGAGCUAGACGCUUGUCCACCUGAUGGCUCAGCUUGGCGAUUGCCAAAGAAAUCCGUGAUGCAUCGGGUUCCCGGAGGCGGAGGAUGAAACUGCUGUCUCUUGGCC